GCGCGGCGAGGAGGACGUGGUCCGCGGCGAUUUAGUUGACGAAGAGACGCCGUAUCGUGAGGAUCAACAGGUGCGAACGAACGCCUGCCGCCGGAGAACAGCAUGGGGAACAUUUACGUCUGCAGCCUGCUCGUCGUGCUCGCCACGCUUCUCGUCGCGGUGCAAUGCGGCGAUAUAAUGCGGAAGAGCAUCGUCUUCGACAAGAACACGCCGGACGUGUUCUACUGUCCGCAGCACAAGCCGAUCGGUUUCGAGAAGAUGCUGGUCAAGGCGCGACCACUUUCCAGGCUGUGCCAGUUCGAGGGUCGUCCAAUACCCGAGGAUUAUAAGAGCGACUGCUACAACGACGUGGACGAAACCGAGUACGCCUGCAAGGAGAAGUACAGAAUCAUGAAGCGAUUCAGUAAUCCAGACGGAGAUGCGAAAGCCAUUGACAACGACUACACCGAGAAAUAAGAACGGGAAUGGCGCUGCACGGCCGCAAAAAUCCACGCACAUGCAAACCAUAAAACCCAAAUAAAAUCAAAUCCACGCCACAUACUAAUGCUCGGGGGCUGUUGCAGUCGUCGGAGAGCUCGACAUUCGCAAAAAUAAUACUUAGUAUAAAAAAAAAAAAUAAUUAGCGGCGACACGCAUAGAUAAUUCACAGUUAUUCAUUUCUUCGUUUUAACAACAAUAUGAAACGGUGAUGUUAAGUUACGUCACUUUAUGUAACUGAACAAGCCAUGAAUUAAUAGCCAAGUUAUCGCUACAUCGAAUAUUCAAAAUGAAGAAGUGGAUAAUGAGAGAAUUAAUUAACAUAUACGUGCGUGUAAAAUAGCAAAUACUUCAUAUAAAUUUUUCUACAAAUCUUUUUUUAUCAGAGAAUGUGAAGUACACGCGAUAAGGAAAGUCAGUGCUCCACAGUUUUUAAGCUUCGUUAAAAAGGGGAAACUUAUUUUUAUAACAACAUUAAUAAAACUAACCGUGAUAGAGCUGGGUGAUUGUUUAUUAACCCUCUGACGGAGCUUCGGAGAGUGUUGCCGCUUUCAGGCGUGGAAUCAGCUGGUAUAUAAUUGCGUGCCAGUCACAUGUUAAUAAAUUACGUUAUCAGUAAUGUCACCGUAGCAUUUACUUUGUAAAUGCUUACGAUUAGCUGUGGAUGCUAUUUUCAAGAAAUCAAUCAGAUUGACAUGUGACAAUACGAAGGGAAUAAUCAGAUCUAGCGUUUAUAAAUACGACUCUUGUUAGUGAAAGAGAUCAUUCCAUAAUCUCCAAGAAAAUAAAAAAAUUUGCAUAAAAUCUUUAUUUUAUAAAACUUCUUUCGGACCCUGAAAGUACCUACAAGAUACUACUCUACGUCUAUAUAAUAUAUUUUUCCUCGUCUGUCACUGUGCAUAUAAAGAUUUGAUGUCACACACGCACAAAUGUAUAUAAAUAAAACAUCUUUGUGCAGAA